AUGACAUAUCCUGAUGCUUCUACUCAGCCAAAAAACAAAAACUAUGAUGUGUCGGAGUUUCACAUGGGCAGUCUUCCGAGGUCGGAUAGCCCCGUGGAGCCGCAAAUUGCUAGAAUCUUGAACAUCAAGUACUCCAAGAGUUCGCUUUAUGAACAUCAAGUAAAUGUCGCACUUCGAAAAGAUAAGACGCAGCUUGAAGAGAAAUGGAUGGAUCAGGAGGAAUGUGAAGGGAUGGAUGGCUAUGCCGAUGCGUUUAAAGCAUACAUCGAAAACAAGCGGCAGAUGUGUCGAGAUUAG